ACUGUGGGCGCUGAGGGGGCGGCGGGAAGCGGGGCGCGAGUCGCUGUGAGGGCGGGCUGCGGGUCCCGCCGGGUUCCGCCGGCCUGGUGCCCUCCGACUGCCCCGUCCCGGUGCCCGCCAGCUGCUCCUCUGUGCCCUCCCGCCCGGGUCACGGUGCCCUCAGGUCCCGCUGGCUGCGGGCCGAGCCCGCUCCGUCCCGCCGGAGCCGGUGCCGCAGCACGGGGACUGCCCGCGAAGGGUGUGAGGGUCUGUGGGGCUUUGGGGCCUGUUUUUCGAGUCUCUGAGGACCGGAGAGCGGCGAAUGCGGGGCGGGCAGCGGGGCCCCUGGGCUGUGGCAGCAGCUGGUGGCACCUUGUCACGGCGCGCGUGAGCUCCCCUUGGCAGGACAGGGAAUAAAGCGCUAAUGAGGGUGUAGAUGCUCCCAGCAGCGAGGCCGUGGCCCAUUGCCCGAGGCAGUCCCUGCGAGGCUCCCAUCAGUGUGCUCAGAACACGCUCAGGGUGUUCACACUGCGAGGUCUCUUGCUUAUUUCUGGACUCGGACAGGCCUAAUCUGUGAAGAUAAUUAAAGUUCCUCUACUGUGGAUGCUAGCCGCGGGCCCGGCCAUGUCCCCGCUGCCGGAGGCGGAGCUGGUGCGCAGCUCGGUGCAGCUGUACCGGUACCUGCUGCGCUGCUGCCGCCGCCUGCCCGCGGGGCACAUCCAGCAGCACUACCGACACGCCAUCCGCCAGAGUUUCAAAGUCCAUGCUGAUGAAGAUGAUCCUGUGCGAAUCCAGCAGAUCAUUAAAAGAGCCAUUGAAGAUGCUGACUGGGUGAUGAAUAAAUAUAAAGACCAGAAGUAGAAGAGGACCGAUGAAACCAAGGAGGACAUUGGUAAACAUCCUUAGAGGACUUGCAGUCAAGCACAGACUAUAUUAGAAUUAUUGCCUGAAGUUUUGUCUUGGAUAAUAUAAAUACAAUAAUUUAUAUUUCACUGGGAUGUCAUGAAGCUAAAUUAAUAUUUCUGAAGAAAUUUGAUUUUGUGAAUUGCUUUGUAUAAUCGUGAACUUCUAUGUUAAAUCCCAAGCUUGCCUAACGUUUGAGUAACUUAUUCCAUUAUACUGUUAGGCCUGGCUCAACCCUAGCAGUGUGUGAUAACGCUCGUUGUGCAGGUUCUCUGGGGACAAGGUGCCCGUGCAUCAGUCACCGUGGAUCUGGGGACUGAGCGUUGCAUCCUCUGUGUGUGUGACACUGGUUAUGGCUGCCACUCUGCUGGGUCACAUCGGCCUCUGCUGGGGUGGUUGGUGUUAGACUGCUGCCGAGUGGGGUCUGUGCCCACUGAGUGGGGUCAGUGCCCGUUUAGCUGGGUCUGUGCACACCGAGUGGGGUCAGUGCCUGCCCAGUGGGGUCAGUGCCCGUUCAGCUGGGUCUGUGUCCUGUGCGAUGCUCUGCAGCUCAGAGGCUUCACAAGGCCUUGCAGCACAUAAUAAAUGUCCUUUAAACAGUG